GACAUAAAUAAAUACACUUCCUGGAGCAAGGCAGCGACCCCAAUCGCAAUCAUGGCCCUCCCAACUUUGCUCGGCAUGCCGCUCGAGCUUCUCGUCCAUAUGAUUGCGACCUAUUUGUCCACCACAGACCUUGGCGCCCUCCGGCUGACUUGCAAGAAACUCGAGACAUCGCUCUUCGAUACCUUUGCCAAAGAGUUUUUUACCAAGAAGCAGUUCAUGCUCACGACUCGCAGCCUGAGCGUUCUGGUUGCCAUCUCGAAGCACGCUGCUCUGAGACAGCGAUUGAAGCAUGUCAUCAUUGGUCUAGACAAGCUGAACUCGACGCAUAUGGGUCUCGCUGGUCGACAGCCCGAAGAGAAGGAAGCAUUCCGACGUGCAUUCGCCGAUCAGACGUACCUUAGGGCUACAGGAAGCGAUCAGAGGAUGCUUGCCGAAGCAUUUCGCAACCUUCCCAACCUCGAAACUCUCGGUAUUCGCGACUAUCAAGCCUCAGGCCGAAGGCGUGAUGGCACACGAUGGCGGAGCUACGGUCUUACUACCCUUACCCAGGAGAUCGGCAUCCGGACUGUAUUCGAGGGCUCGACGGCCGAGUAUGCUUCUGAGGUGUUUAUGAUGCUCCUCACAGCCCUCGUCGAUGCGCGCAAGACUGUCCCUUCCAUCGAAGUUAUCACGCGUCAUCGUGCGCUUGGAUUGAGGGAUACAGCCUUCCAUGUUCCACCGAACGAUGGAUUCAAAGAAGUGAUUGAGAAACUCGAAACUCUCCUUCUGACUCUCAGUCUAUUGAAUUCCUAUAUGCCACCAUCCAACCCCCACGAUCCCCAGAUCCCCCUGGCGAUCGAGUUCCUGUCCCACGCCAAAAACUUGAAACACCUACGAAUCAACGAUUCAUUUGCCGACGGUGGAGGAAUAACUACUUGGUUCCUAACCAGUAUGAUCAACUACCCCAUACCCCCCACCUCAUCCCCACCAGCUCAAACCCCCUUCCUCCCCUUCCUCCCCUCCCUAACAACCAUCGACUUCGGCAAACUCACCCUCGCCGACCCUGGACUCAUCUUUCACGUAAUCGACCGUCUCUCCUCCUCUCUCAAAAACAUUAGUCUGUGGGAAAUCAAAUUCCUCGAUAACCCUGCGUCCUACUGGACGGACACCGAAGAGGGAAAAGAACAUCGCUACCACCCUUGGCCUGCUCUUCUUCUUGCGUUGAACGGGAUCCAGAACUUGAAGUUGGACAGCGUGAAAGUGGGAAGGCUGAGUUUCUGGUACGACAACUCGUGGGUGCAAAUUCUUUUGAAGGAUAGGAAACAGGUGCAGGAGGUCAAGGGGGAGGAUGUGAAGAUGGGGAUUGUGAAGAUGGUAGAGGGGUGGAGUGUUGAGUGGCCCGUGGAGAUGGUUGUGGAAGAUGAGGAUGAGGAUGAGGAGGAUGAGGAAGAAGAGGACGAGGAAGAAGAGGACGAGGAAGAAGAUGAUGGUGAAGUCCAUGGAGGCGGGGAUGAAGAUAUGGAUGAUACUUGA